AUGUCGCCAUCUUCAAGUCCUGUUGAUACUUUAGAUCAACUCAAAGAAUUGAUUUGUACCUCACUUGAUACCGUCAAGAAAUCUAUUGUGGAUAACAAUGACCCUGCUUUAUCCCUCGACGCGUGUGAGCAGCAUCCUAUCCACAAUCGACUGGAUAAGGAUCUUGAAAUCUCUCUGAAGAAUAUUUCUUCGGCGUGUCAGAUGCUGCGGGCUUUGAUCGACCCUAACACCUUCAUCAAUGAUAUCACGUAUGGUUACCACGACGAGACUGCAUUGUUCGUUGCUUGUCAAGCAGACAUUGCCAACCUUCUUGCUGGCGGAGAACUUUCUAUUCAGGAACUCGCUUCCAAAACAGGCCUGAAUGAGGAUAAGUUAGCUCGCUACAUGCGAAACCUGUGCAAUGCUCUCAUCUUCCGGGAGGCAGCGGAGAAUCGAUUUGCCAACAACCUUCUCUCCAUUACUUUCCUCUCGGAAGGUAAACGAGCCCUUGUAGGGCAUUGCGCGGAUGAAUGCCGUACAUCGUCGUCCAAAGCAUGGGAGGCUCUUACCCAUCCGGACUUCAAGGAUUCCACCGAUCCAAGAAAAACUCCAUUUAACUUAGCAUACAACACUGAACUCCUCAUAUUUGACUGGAUGAAGACUGUGAGACCCGAUAUUGGGCAAAGAUGUAACACCGCAAUGGCGGGGAAGGGCAUCAAUCUGGGCCAAUACCUGUCGCUCUAUCCAUGGGCGUCAGAGGCAGGUAAAACCAUCAUCGAUGUUGGAGGUGGCGUCGGCGCCGGCACACUCCCCUUUCUACAAGCUCAUGGCUCUCUUCGCCUCAAGAUCCAGGAUCUUCCCGAAAGUGAACCCAAAUUCCACGAGUAUGUCAAAACUAGCUUUCCUGAGUUCGAAGGCUCUGACCGAGUCGAAUUCCUCGCCCAUGACUUUUUCACCCCCCAGAGCGAGAAGGAGGCCGACAUCUACUUCCUGCGCCAUGUCAUUCAUGACUGGCCCGAUGCUGACGCUCAUCGCAUCUUGUCAAACUGUGCCGCUGUGAUGGCGCCGCACAGCAAGCUAUUGAUUCUCGAGCAUAUGAUAUCCCCCACGUAUCGUCCCGAUGGAUCGGCAGUAACACACGAUUUCAUAGCGCCGAAGCCUCUCCUGGCUAAUUGGGGCCAGUCAGUCACCAGUCGAUUGGACUUACAGGUACUAGCCUGUCUCAAUGCAAAGCAGCGAACAGAGACCGAGUUCCGCACCUUGGUUGCCAAGGCGGGAUUAGAGGCCGUUCGUGUAUGGCGCAAUGCUGGGCAAGACACGAUCCUUGAGUGCAGAAAGGCUUGA